ACCACUAAAGAACCUCUUCCUCUCGACGGGCUGAGUGUGAUGGCACUGCAAUUCUGCACAGCAGAUAGCAGCCUGAGUGCAGGUUUGAAUCACAACAACAACAACAACAACAACAACAACAACAACAGUGGAGCAGCCAGAACCAAACGGACCAAGCGGGCUUGUGUUGCAUUUAUGGGACAUAAGACAAUCAGGAAACAGCAAUUUUGCUCUGCAAGAGCCAACAGCUCACUCCGCUGAUGAGGCCCCAAGCAGCCCUCGUAGAGGAGUGAGCCGUCCUCGCCAAAGACCCUCGCCGAGCCACUCCUCGUCCCUCAGGAUCCGGUCCCGCGGCAACAGUUUCUUCCCGACGUGUCCCCGCGAUCAUUCGAAACUGUUUCUCCAACGCCUACACCAGAAACUUAGACUGUUUUCCAAAGCAGAGGCGGCACAGCCCUCCCAAGCGGAAGCGAUGGGGAGCGUGCGAAGCCACCGCUACAGCAUCGUGUCCUCCGAGGAGGACGGCAUGAAGCUGGCCGACGUCGCCGUGCCCAACGGCUACGGCAACGGCGACGCCGACAAGGCCGAGCGCCGGCGCCAGAGCCGCUUCGUGCGCAAGGACGGCCACUGCAACGUGCACUUUAUCAACAUGAGCGAGAAGGGCCAGCGCUACCUGGCGGACAUCUUCACCACCUGUGUGGACAUCCGCUGGCGUUGGAUGCUGCUCAUCUUCUGCCUUUCCUUCCUGCUCUCGUGGUUGUUCUUCGGUCUGGUCUUCUGGCUGGUGGCGCUCUCCUACGGCGACCUGGAGGCCCAGACGCAGAUGUGCAUCUCCAACGUGGACAGCUUCACGGCCGCCUUCUUGUUUUCCGUGGAGACCCAGACCACCAUCGGCUACGGAUACCGCUACGUGACGGAAGACUGCCCUGUCGCCGUGUUCGUGGUGGUCUUCCAAAGCAUCGUGGGAUGCAUCAUCGACGCGUUCAUCAUCGGCGCGGUCAUGGCCAAGAUGGCCAAGCCCAAAAAACGAAACGAGACCUUGGUGUUCAGCUACUACGCCACGGUAGCCAUGAGGGACGGCAAACUGUGCCUCAUGUGGCGCGUGGGGAACCUGAGGAGGAGCCACCUGGUGGAGGCCCACGUCAGGGCGCAGCUCCUCAAGUCCCGGACGACGGCGGAGGGCGAGUUCAUCCCUCUGGACCAGGUGGACAUCGACGUCGGCUUCGACAGCGGCAUCGACAGAAUCUUCCUGGUCUCUCCUAUCACCAUCGUCCACGAGAUCGACGAGGACAGCCCCUUCUACGAGAUGAACAAACAGGAGCUGGAGACGUCCGAGUUUGAGAUCGUGGUGAUCCUGGAGGGCAUGGUGGAGGCCACGGCCAUGACCACGCAGUGUCGCAGCUCCUACGUUGCCAGCGAGAUCCUCUGGGGUCACCGCUUCGAGCCGGUGCUCUUCGAAGACAAGAACUACUACAAAGUGGACUACUCGCGCUUCGACAACACCUACGAGGUGUCCGGCACGCCGCACUGCAGCGCCAGAGAGCUAGCGGAGAAGAGUUCCAACGCUUCCAGCCCGAGGAACUCCUUUUGUUACGAGAACGAGGUGGCUCUGGAAAAGAUCGAGAUGGAGGAGGAAUCGGAGGAAGCGGAGCUGAACGGCGCCACAACGAACACAGAGGAUUGUCCGCUCGAAGACAGCAACACCGACACGGUCUCAGACUUUGAACAAAAUCGGGACUCUUUGCCUUUAGAAUCGAGAUUUUUAACUGCCGAAUCGGAACUUUAAAACUGCACUUUGUGAUAUAAUCAGCUGUUUCUUAGGGAUAGAGGAUGGUCGAAAAGGUUUCACAGUCUCCAUGCAGCCCUUCACACCCGAAACCUCGUGGGAAUACACAGUCAAGUCUAUUUUGCGGUACAAUAGCCCAAAUACCCGGCCGGUGUAGCUCUUUUCCUUUUUUGUGGCGGGUUAAGGAGCACUUUUUCCGAUCAGGGACCAUUUCAGUUUUUGUAAAGUCCCCGGAGGGCUAUACUCAAUUUUUGAAAACAUUCAGUGCAACAAGCAAACAAAUGUUCAUUAUUAUACAAAGUAAACGUUUUCAUAACAAUUCCUUGGAGGCGGUAUUGCUGACUGGCCAGAGAAAAACGCUGCCGUGGGCCGCAAAUGGCCCACGGGCCUUAAGUUCCUCGCCCCUGCUUUUCAGAAAUAUGCAAUUUAAUCUCCACCUUUUGUGGCCUGCAUUUCAAACAAGUUUGUGACAAAAAUCCAUCUGCAGUUGAAAGUACACACAUAACACAAGGACUGCAUCAAAAUGUUUGCCGUCGGACAGGUAUUCAUUUCACAAUAUGUUAAUUAUUGCAGUGUUCCUCUUAUAUAGCUAAAUAGGGAACCAAACACGAUCCUGUACAGUUCUGCACCAAUGAAAACUACUAGCACACUAAUAGAAACUUUGCUCAAUUAUCAUUUCAUCCAUUUCCUGUCACGCUCAUCCCUCACUAGGGUCACGGAUGAGCUGUCGCCUUGAAUGAAAACGCAACAUUUUGUUUGAUUUCAUUAUAAGAAUAUGCAGAACAUAUGAUGCAGCGCUUGCAUUGGGUUGAAUUGUUCAGGGUAUGUGAGGCCUACAUGCAAUCAUCUAAUUUCGAAGCUACUUAAUUUGCACCUGAGAGGAAAUUGUUAAUGAGCUGGUCUCUUUCACAAAAAUAGAUUUCUAUUCUGUGGUGGAAGAUUCAUUGCAGAAUUCCGCCUCUUCCGAUGUGCAAUAGUGCUCACUUUCACCGCUAGCUGGAAAGUGACAGGAAAACUCAAUCCCAAACAGUGGACGAAUGCUGCUAAGUAAGAUAUUUCCCGUUUUACGCACGGAGCCAAAAAUGUAUUUUUAGUCUUUUCACAGUAAUCAAAAUGCAGUCGACUUUUUCCUACAGACGAACCUGAGUCCAAUGUGUGUUUUCCCAUGCUUCUUUUUUUUUGGGGGGGGGGGGGGGAUCAGACUGUCGCUACCACUGUCAUAUUAGCCGAGGCAUAACAUGUACAUAUGUAGCUCACGUCAAUAUCCUAACAUUGAUUGGCGGGUGAGAUGGUGAAUUGUUGAUAUCGUCUAUAUGGAGGUCAGUGCUGUGCACAUUCGAUUGAACCCUUUCACGUGGUGGCACUGCAGACAUCAGCGGGACCCUUGCUUUGUCUUAACGGGGAUUGGAUUGAAGCCGCAAAUAAACAAACGGGACACUUUUAGUUGGCGCUAAUGUUCACUGGGAAAUCUAUUCAAACACAUUUGUUAGCUCUUUUCCCAGCUUUGUUCCCCCCCCAACCAGUGUUGUCUCACCUUCCUGUACCAACAAGACUUUUUUUUUUUUUUUUUUGGGAAAUAA